GGAAGGGGCGGAAAACGAGGAAAGCUGCAGGAAGCACGAUGAUGCUGAAUACGUACCUUAGGUAACUAAGGUCAGGUAGGUGACACUGAUGAUUACAGCAUUACAGUAAAGGGGAUGGGUGACGAAGAUGAUGAUGAUGACGAUGCAGCAUCAGGGUUGCGGGCUUACCUAAUAAUAUUAAUCCAGCUUUUCUUCCUUUCUUACCCCAGACAAGAAUCAGCGCGUCACGACCCGGCGACUUUUCGAAGAGGGAAGACUCCGCCCCAAAAGAAUUGGCCUAGAGAGUCCCCGCUAAGACGAGCAGGUGCGGCCGUUCCUCACCCAUCCCACCCCUCCAUUCACACCUUACCAAAAGAAUCCCCCCUCCUAGGCCGUAAUCCGACGCCAUGCUCGCGUUUCCGUGCACGAUUCCCCACAAUUCCAAGGAGAAACACUCACUGGCCGCCCGGACCUUGUUCGUGACCUUUGAGCCGAACCUUCGCAGGAACCUCGUGCAGGGGGAACCGGAAAGGCAAAAGAGGAACCACACACGACGCUUAGAAUACACAUGACAACGGUUAGAGCAAUUAGCCCCGGCCGGGCCAAGGGUCCUCACUUUCCCACCUUGCCCUUUCGAAGCCACGGACAAUGAGUUCUCGCCCUCAGCAACUCUAAGCGCCGAUUUGGUACUUA